AUGCAGAUUCCCAAAUGUUGUGGUGUAUCAAAAUCACACGAGAUAACAUCUGAAGAGGACAGUAACUAUGGUGAUGAAAAUGUCGAAAGAGGUAAUUGGUCUGGGAAAUUGGACUUUAUACUGUCAUUGAUUGGAUAUGCUGUAGGGAUGAGCAACAUCUGGAGAUUUCCUAUUCUCUGUUAUCGUAAUGGAGGAGGAGCGUUUCUCAUUCCUUAUGUGAUCUUUAUGAUGCUAUGUGGAAUGCCGUUGUUCUUUUUGGAAGUUGCCUUUGGACAGUUUUGCAGUGAAGGACCAAUCACAGCAUGGAAAGUCUGUCGUCUCUUUCGAGGUGCUGGAUAUGCAAUGAUUAUCAUCACUGGAUUAACCACAAUAUAUUAUAAUGUUCUCAUUAUGUAUAUAUUGUAUUAUUUUAUUGCAUCCUUCACUGCCAUUCCUGGUGUACCAUGGUCCGAAUGCAAUAAUGAAUGGAAUACACCCGCAUGUGCCAUUGUUCAGGACCAUGCAAACAUAACCAAUAAUAACACAUUGUUGUUACACCAGCUGAGGAAUUCUGGAAUACAUUGGGAUUUGGCUCUUAUUCUACUGCUCACUUGGUUGGUUAUAUUUAUGUGUCUGAUCAGGGGAAUCAAAACAUCAGGAAAGGUUGUGUAUGUAACAGCAACGUUUCCAUAUAUUGUAAUAACUAUACUCAUAUUACGAGGUGUAACUCUACCAGGAUCUUUAAAUGGACUAAAAUUUUUUUUUAUUCCAAGAUGGGAAUUGUUGGCUUCUGCUAAGGUUUGGAGUGAUGCAGCUACUCAGGUAUUUUUCUCUCUUGGCCCAUCUUGGGGAGGUUUACUAACCAUGGCAAGUUACAACAAAUUCCACAAUAACUGUCUCCGAGAUUCUGUAUUGGUUCCAAUUGUGAAUGGUGCUACCAGUAUAUAUUGUGGUAUUGCUGUCUUCUCUAUUUUGGGAUUUCUAUCUAAAGAAACUGGUGUAGAAUUAGAUAAAGUUGUACAAGCAGGUCCUGGUCUUGUCUUUGUGGUUUACCCCGAAGCAUUAUCACGUAUCCCGUUAUCAGCAUUCUGGUCAGCAUUGUUCUUUCUUAUGAUGUUCACAGUGUGUUUAGACAGCCAGUUUGUCAUGGUUGAAAAUGUCUGCAGCGCCUUUAUUGACAACUUUCCAAAGUUGUUACGACCAAAGAAGUCUUUAUUUGUGUUAUUUGUUUGUAUGGUUUCGUAUGUCCUUGGGUUGCCCAUGACAACAUCA